AAAAGGAACAAUCCAAAAUGCUCUGUACCCAGUCCCCUAGUUCCUUCCUUCCCUGCUUCUUCAAGCCUCCUUAGCUUCAGCAUUACCAUUAACAACACCCCUUCUUCCAACUACACAAAGGCUUAGUCAAUAUAAUUAGCAGAAUUAUCAUGUUUUUGAACAAUUCUGCAUUUUUAGCUUACUCUUGAUUGAAUAUACUGCUAUUCCAUCAAUAUCUUGAACCUGGAUUGAUCAAAGAUUCAAUCUUUUUAGUAAAUGGAUUGUCUAAAUCAAAGAACUCUGAUCAUUUUAGCACUGGCAUUCAUAUCACGAUUAGUCCCUCUUUGCUCGGCAUAUCCAGUUCCUCUCAACUGCUCGGACCCCAUUAGGCUAUGUACCUCCUUCCUAGCCUUUAAGCCCGCCUCAGACCAGACUCUGCCGGUGAUCCAGAGCAUGUUUGAUGUAUUGCCUCAAGAUAUAACCAUUGAAGGUAAUGGUAGAGACUACAUAUUCAUUAGAAAGAACUGUUCUUGUCCUCCUACUAUCAAGAAGUACUUGAGCAAUACUACAUUCACUGUGAGACAGAACAAUGGAUCUGUUUAUGAUAUGGUGGUGGAGGCCUAUAAUGGGCUGGCCUAUUUCUCUUCUAAUUUCACUAGGGAGGCAAGGAAAGGUGCAGUUGUGUCCUUGAGGCUUAUUUGUGGCUGCUCCAAUGGUUUGUGGAAUUACUUGAUGAGUUAUAUGUUGAGAGAUGGGGAUAGUGUGGAAUCUCUAGCUAGUAGAUUUGGGGUCAGCAUGGAUAGUAUUGUGACUGCUAAUGGGCUGGAUAAUCCUGAUAAUGUCACUGUUGGACAACUUUACUUCAUACCCUUGAAUUCAGUUCCUGGUGAGCCUUAUCAUGUGGAGAAUCCCAUCACUCCAGCUCCAGUCCCAGAACCAUCUGAUAGUGAUAUUGCAGCUACACAGGUAAAUCACAAGACUCAUGUGCCAUAUUGGUGGAUAAUUGGAAGUUUGGCAGUUGGUCUGGUGCUUGUCGUCAUCCUUGUAGCUGUUUUUAUUUCCUUAAGGUCGUCAAGCUGUUUUUCUGGAGCUCUAGUAGGUCAUCCUAAAAAUUCUAAUGAAAAAAAUUCUCAUAAAUUUCAUAUUCUGCGGAAUACGAGUUUCUGUUGUGGUUCGGGGAGGUAUAUCUGUUGCAAAUCAGGGGACUGGAAACAGCCUAAUGGUGAAGCUACUGACCGCCAGAUGAAUAUUCCUAAAGUUAUAGGCACCGAUGUCUUUGACAUGGAAAAGCCCGUAGUUUUUACAUAUGAUGAAAUUUUCUCUUCCACUGAUGGAUUCUCGGACUCUAAUCUUCUUGGGCAUGGAAGAUAUGGUCCUGUGUACUACGGCCUUCUUCGCGACCAGGAAGUUGCAAUCAAAAGGAUGACAACCACAAAGACUAAGGAAUUUACAGCAGAAAUGAAAGUGCUGUGCAAGGUUCAUCAUACCAAUUUGGUAGAACUGAUUGGUUAUGCGGCCACGGAUGAUGAACUCUUCCUAAUCUAUGAGCAUGCCCAAAAGGGUUCUCUCAACAGCCACUUGCAUGAUCCCCAGAACAAGGGUCAUACUGCACUUUCUUGGAACAUGAGGGUUCAGAUUGCUGUUGAUGCUGCUAGAGGCCUGGAGUAUAUACAUGAGCACACAAAGCCUCAUUAUGUGCAUCGAGAUAUCAAGACAAGUAACAUCCUGCUGGAUGGAUCCUUUAGGGCAAAGAUCUCAGAUUUUGGUUUGGCAAAACUUGUUGGGAAAACCAAUGAUGGAGAAGCAUCAGCGACAACUGUUGUUGGAACUUUUGGUUAUCUAGCCCCAGAAUACUUAAGGGAUGGACUAGCAACUAAUAAGAGUGAUGUGUAUGCAUUUGGUGUUGUACUUUUCGAGAUGAUAUCAGGAAAGGAAGCCAUUACCCGCACCCAAGGCAUUGCACCAAAAAGUGCCGAUAGGAGGUCAUUGGCAUCUAUUAUGCUGGCAGCUCUGAGGAACUCACCUGACUCCAUGAGUAUGUCAAGUUUAAGAGAACAUGUUGAUCCCAAUCUCAUGGAUUUGUAUCCACAUGACUGCCUUUUUAAGAUGGCUAUGCUGGCAAAACAAUGUGUGGAUGAUGAUCCCGUUCUUAGACCAGACAUGAAGCAAGUUGUGAUAUCACUAUCUCACAUCCAGUUGUCCUCUGUUGAAUGGGAAGCAACUCUUUCUGGAAAUAGCCAAGUGUUUAGCGGCCUUGUUCAAGGUAGAUAGGCAGCAGAAGCAGAGUUCCAAUAUUCCAGUUGUGCUACUCAAAAACAUUUUCCUGCAUAGUCUCUUCUCUGCUACUCGCUGCUUUGGUUUGUAUAGCUGCACAGUUCAUCCGCCUCAAUUAUAUAUGGACGGACCCUCGUGCUCUUUUUCCUGUUUUCAAAUCCCUUUUCAUUGUAGCAUUCUUUUGUAACUUUGCCUCUGAAAAGGAAAGUUUUGUAUGUAUAAAUGGGAAACUGAAGAGGAAUGCGGCUUCUGUUGGUUUUGAAAAACGAGUGACAUGAACAAAUGGUUAUCAGUUUGAACACCUCCUCCUGUGGUCAUUGGUGUUAUAUUAGUUAAAUCCAUUAAUCAGCUUCUGUUACGAAGGUUUUAUGGAUCUGAAAUAAAGUAAGACCCCGAUUGUGACUCGA